GACCCACCUACGCCCUCAGAUUUCCCCUCUCCUUCUUUCUCUCUCUCUCUCUCUUCAUUUUUUUCACCUGCCAUUUUUGCACCAGCACCGCAAAGCGAAGCAGCGCCGCUCGCAAAUCUCUCUCUAAAUCUUCUCACAGUCCGCGGAAACACUCGCGCGCUCCGCUCUCCCUCUCUCCACGAACCUUCUAUUAUCAAAAUUUGCACGGAUUGUGUGAGAUUGGAGAUGCAAAGAGUUUGAAGAAGCUAGAUUGAAGUUAACGGAUCUCUUCCAGUCGCGAUUAGUUUAUCUCCCGCUGUUACAGACGCGGGAAAUGCAUAUUCACCAGCUCCGGAGGUACUACUGUUUGUAGUUAUGAAGAUUUUGAUGGACGUGCGCUUUUGAAUCUCCGUGGUUGAGUUCUGUGAGGGGAUUUUUCUGUUUGUGUGGUUUAUCGAAGACGUCGAGGUGUUUGGAGGUGCGGUUUGGAUUUUUGCAUUGGUCGAUAAUAUCAAUGCAGUUUUAGAUACGCAGAUUGAGGAACCCAAAUUUGCUGCAUGAAACGGAGGGAUAAGAUCUGAAGGCUAGAGGUUCUGCAUUUUAUCAGAAAAAAGGAAGACCUGGUUGUACUGCGUGUUGUGGCAUUGAAUAAGAUAAGCAGCCUAGCCGGAAGAAAUGGUUUGAAGAUUUGAUUGAUUGGAUGUAAUGUCGAAGGCAUUAGCAUCAUUGCUGUUAAUUCUAUCAUUGUUUCUUUCCAUAUCGGCUGCUGAUAAUGGGUUUCCUCGCUGUAAUUGUGAUGAUGAGGGAUUUUGGAGCGUUGAAACUAUCAUGGAGUGCCAAAGAGUUAGUGAUUUUUUGAUUGCAGUGGCCUACUUCUCCAUCCCUAUUGAGCUGCUUUACUUUGUUAGCUGUUCCAAUAUACCAUUUAAAUGGGUUCUUUUUCAGUUCAUUUCGUUCAUUGUCCUCUGUGGAAUGACUCAUUUGCUAAAUGGCUGGACCUACGGCCCUCAUACAUUUCAGCUGAUGCUUGCUCUCACAAUUUUCAAGUUCCUCACAGCAUUAGUUUCUUUUGCCACUGCUAUAACCCUUAUUACGCUCAUCCCUUUGCUGCUCAAAAUCAAGGUGAGAGAGAUUAUGCUGAGGAAGAAGACUUGGGAUCUUGAUCGAGAGGUUGGAAUAAUAAAGAAGCAGGAAGAAGCUGGAUGGCAUGUUCGGAUGCUGACACAAGAAAUUCGUAAGUCACUGGAUAGGCAUACUAUACUAGAUACCACACUGGUUGAGCUAUCGAAAGCAUUAGAAUUGCAGAACUGUGCUAUUUGGAUGCCAAAUAUGGGUAAAACAGAAAUGAACUUGACUCAUGAACUGAAAGGAAGGAGUUUUGCUAAUUUCACCUCAUCUAUCCCCACCAGUGACCCUGAUGUAAGAGAGGUUAAGGGAAGUGAUGGAGUGAAGAUACUUGACCCUGAGUCGGCCCUUGCUAUGGCAAGCAGUGGAGGAUCUGGUGAGUCAGGAGCUGUGGCUGCAAUCAGGAUGCCAAUGCUGAGAGUUUCCAAUUUCAAAGGUGGUACACCCGAGAUGGCUCCAGCUUGCUAUGCUAUCCUUGUUUUGGUACUCCCAGGUGGCCCAGAUAGAUCUUGGAGCAAUGAGGAACUUGAGAUAGUGGAGGUGGUGGCUGACCAAGUUGCUGUGGCUCUUUCUCAUGCUUCAGUGCUUGAAGAGUCUCAACUUAUGAGAGAAAAGUUAGUGGAACAAAAUCGAGCACUACAACAAGCAAGACAAGAUGCACUUAUGGCAAGUCAAGCUCGGAAUGCAUUUCAGAUGGUCAUGAGUAAUGGGUUAAGAAGACCCAUGCACUCAAUUCUAGGCUUGCUAUCUGUUUUACAGCAUGAUAAGUUAAAUGAUGAACAAAGGCUGCUUGUUGAUACGAUGGUUAAGACUAGUAAUGUUCUUUCUACAUUAAUAACUGAUGUAAUGGAUACUUCAUCUAAGGAUGGCGGAAGGUUCCUUCUAGAGAUGAAGCACUUUCAAUUGCAUUCUUUGGUCAAGGAAGCUGCUUGCCUUUCCAAGUGUCUUUCUUCAUAUAAGGGCUAUGAUUUUGGGACUGAGGUUGAAAGGUCACUGCCAAAUCAUGUCAUAGGUGAUGAGCGAAGAGUUUUUCAGGUCAUUCUGCAUAUGGUUAGCAAUUUACUGAGUGGAAGCAAAGGAGGUGGGCGUUUGACUCUACAAGUAUAUUCAGCCAGUGGAAGUCAAGGAUGGAAUCAGCAAAAAUGGGGCCAGUGGAGAUCGAACUUGUCUGAAGGAUAUAUUUAUACCAGGAUUGAUGUUGGGAUUUGCCAUAAUCAAUCAGAUGAUAUAAUACCAUUUAAUCCGUAUGACGGGAAUAAAUACCAUGUACCAGUUGGGGAAAGUUUGAGCUUUAGUGCAUGCAAAAAAAUAGUACAGUUGAUGCAAGGAGACAUUUGGAUGGUACCGAAUCCUGAGGGUUUUGACCAAAGGAUGGCUCUUGUUUUGCGAUUUCAAGUCCGGUCAUCCAUCAGUGCAGGCAUUUCAGAAUAUGGAGAAACUUCUGAGCAUGUUCAUUCAAAUUCACUUUUCAGAGGUCUGAAAGUCAUCUUAGCUGAUGCAGAUGACGUAAAUAGAGCUGUAACUAGGAAGUUGCUUGAAAAGCUAGGGUGCAUUGUGUCUGCUGUUUCAUCUGGAUUUGAAUGCCUCAGUGCUAUUGGUCCUGCUGCUUCUUCCUGUCAAAUUGUUUUUCUGGAUCUUCACUUGCCUGAUUUAGAUGGCUUUGAAGUCACCAUGAAAAUCCGGAAGUUUCGAAGCCACAGUUGGCCAUUGAUAAUUGCCUUGACCUCAAACGACGAUGGGGAAACAAGGGAUAGAUGUUUGCAGAUUGGAAUGAAUGGUGUUAUUCAAAAACCAGGCACAUUUCAAGAGAUCUCUGAGGAGCUUAAGCGGAGCCUGCUGCAAGCCAAUAGGAUCUUGCCUUGAUGGCGGUAGCGCUUCCUGUCGAGCAACAUUCAUAUCUCUUAUCAGUCAGCAAUUUGCUUAUUUACUAUUAUUAACAAAGAGAAAUGUAUGCUGUAAGUAUCUCCUGGGAUGAGUUGUCCAACAUAGAGAUGUGACAUACACAACAUUGAUAGUCAAAGUGGUAUAGAAAAUUUAGCUUCUUGCACCUUUGAUUUUCAUUUCGCUUUAUAUUAUUCAAUGAACUGUUGCAUUGGUUUAUUAA